UUGAGAUUAGGUUUUUCAGACUCUCUACGCUCAUACUCUCUUUCAUUUUAGCUUCUCUCCGUUGCGGCUAGGGUUAAAGAUCUUUUUUCUCUGUACUUUUCAUUUCAUACUUCUAAAUUUAUUGAUUGUUAGGAUAUUAGAUCUACAACCAUCAUCUCCUCUCCAUGGAUAUAUAAGUGUUUCUGUUGUAAGUUUAAAUCUCCUGUGAGAAAGAAGGGUUAAGGGUUUUUGUUUUGUAAUUUUAUAUUUAUAACCAUGGCAAGUUCAAACCCAUUUGAUUUGUUGGGUGACGAAGAUAAUGAAGAUUUGUCUCAAUUGAUGGCUAAAGCUGCUUUAGCUGCUGCGGCUAAUACUGCACCUCCUCCUCAACAGCAGGUUAAGCAACAUGCUAAGUUGCCUUCCAAGCCACUUCCUCCUGCUCAGGCUGUGAAUGAAGCUAGGAAUGAAGGGCGAGGAGGAGGCCGUGGUGGUGGCCGUGGAUUUGGUCGUGGGCGUGGUGGAAACAACCGUGAGCCACGUGAACGUCGCGAGCCACGUGAAGGUGGAUACAACCGGGAGCCACAUGAGGGAGGAUACAACCGCGAGCCACGUGACUCUGGCAAUAGCGAGAAUACUUUUAGCAGCAAUGGAGCCGUCGGAGGAUAUGGUGGUGGUGAUAGGGAUGUUGACAGGUUGGAAAGACGUGGGGGUUAUGGUGGUUCACGUGGUUCGUCCCGCGGUGGCCGUAGAGGUGGUUUUGAUGGUGGAGAAGGUGGUGAUGGUCCUCGUAGGGUGUUUGAACGACGAAGUGGAACUGGGCGCGGGAAUGAAUUUAAGCGUGAAGGGGCUGGUAGAGGAAAUUGGGGAACCAGUACUGAUGAAAUUGCUCAGGAGACGGAGGAAGUUGUUAAUGGAAAUGAGAAGAGCGCUGACAUCGAGAAACUUUCUGGCGAGGAAGAAGCUACUGUCGAUGCGAACAAGGAGACUCCUGAGGUCGAGGCAGAACCCAAAGAACCUGAAGAUAAGGAAAUGACCCUUGAGGAGUACCAGAAAGUUCUGGAAGAGAAGAGGAAGGUUCUGCAGGCACUGAAGGCCGAAGAAAGGAAGGUUGAAAUGGACAAAGACUUGAAAAAGAUGCAACCUCUUGCAUGCAAGAAGACCAAUGAUGAAAUCUUCGCAAAACUGGGCGUUGACAAGGAAAAGCGAAAAGAGAUUGCCGACAAGGAAGAGAGAGCCAAAAAGUCGGUCAGUAUUAGUGAGUUCCUCAAACCUGCUGAUGGCGGCGGAAGAAACUACAACAGCUCUGGUGGACGUGGCCGGGGACGUGGCCGUAGUUCAAGAGGUGGUGGUAGCGGUUUUGACCGAGGCAACAACUCAGCAAGUGCAGUGGCUGCUCCUUUAAUUGGAGAUCCUGGGCAGUUCCCAACUCUAGGUGGCAAGUGAGACUUGGACCUCUUAACUAGCUUCCUCCUGCAAUCUCUUUGGUUUACCUAGGUUGGGUCUUCCAGUUUCCAUUGAUCUGGAGGAAGUUAGGAGUGGCAGAGAUGAUAAUCAGGAAGUUACAUUCCUGUUAAUCUGAAGAUUCCUUUGAACUUAUUUUAGUGGGUUAAAUUGUAAAUUUUUUGGUAUUUAUGUGUUUUACAAUCGUGGUUUCUUAUUCCUGGACUGAUACUGAUUUGCAUGCACACACCCUUCUAGAAAUUUAGGGUAUAUGGAUAUUCAUCUGUGCACUUCAGACUAGAGUUAUGUAGUUCAGUUUUGCUACUUCAGUAGAUUGACAAUUUUGUUUUCUUAAUUUCUCUGGUCUUUUGCACUUGUAGUUGCUAAUGAGAUACUUGUGAACUAGAUGUUUCGA